CUAUAACAUUAUAUAUUUACUACGACAUGCCUCCUCGUGACCCUCUUCCUCUCCCUUCUGCGCAUGCUGUGAGUCUCGGGUGGUAGUGUGAAUACAGAGAUGGGUCCCACGCGGGAACCGCGUGCAGUUGAACAUGUCGGGCCACGGGAACCCGAACGCGCUCAUCACAGGGAGACAACCGUCCCUCACAGCCUCGCACAACCCACGGCAGGGGCGCACGGGCCCCUCCGGUUGGCACACUGUGGCGAAGAGCGAGCACAAUAACUUCUUGGUAUCCAGGUGGCAGAGUUUGGAGACCAACGGCAGCCAGGCGGCCGACUGUUGCUGGGCUUCUUUCAACGAGUCAUGCCCCAGCAGGUUGGGCAGCCGCAUAUCCCUGUAACCGACGCCGUGGCACAGAGAAAGUGUGCUGGGGAUGGGCUUUCACACCGAGCACAACGUGGAUGAACUGAGACUUUCGGACGCAAACUGAACGGAGCUGUCUGUGGUCAAAACCGAGCUAUAGUUUCCGGGGUGGAGUAGUUGGAGAUUGGGUUCGCGUGCCUGGCAGACCGCCGAACGCCCAGCGGACGCAAUGGGUUGUUGUUACAGCAGCGAGAACGAGACCACCGAGCAGGACCCUGAUGAGCGUAAGCCGCUGAUCCCCCACCCGAACCCCGACAGCAAGCCCCUCAACGGCACAGAAUGGAGCUCCGCCAGUGUACCCUCAGCCCGCACAGACGAACAGGCCUUACUCACAUCCAUCCUUACCAAGACAGCCCUGAACAUCAUCGAUGUCUCAGCUGCAGACUCUCAAGGCAUGGAGCAGCAUGAGUACAUGGACAAAGCUCGGCAAUACAGUACAAAACUGGCCUUGUUGAGUAACAGUCUGUCUCAGAAGAAGCCCCUCCCUCUCCCUUCCCUCACCAGCCAGCCGCACCAAGUACUCGCUAGUGAUCUGGUGCCAUACUCGGAUGUACAACAGGUGUCCAAGAUAGCUGCCUAUGCUUACAGUGCAAUCUCUCAGAUCAAGGUGGAUGCUAAAGAAGAGCUAGUGGUUCAAUUUGCCAUCCCCUGAUCUGGCCUCCAUAAUACUCAUCCCGUCCCGUCCCGUCCCCCAUACCCACAAUGCAUCUAUGAUUACCAGUCCCUGUGCUACCCAGCUAUGCCACUAGCAACCUGCUGCUCCAGCUGAGGACUAUGACAACCAGGCCUCCCCUGCUGAAAAGGUUAACCAACCUUGCCCUGCACUCCUCAGAACCACCUUUCAAAGCCACCAUUCAUCCUUCCUUCACCAGCCGUCAAGGAAUCUUUUACUAUCAUAUGGUAGUAUAACGAUAAUGGUGUUAGGGCAGCUUUUGUAAUUUAAAAGUUUCUUGUUUGAAGAGUGACUGAGUCUGAUUUAAUGAAUAAACGGUUAGCUAGCUGUGCGGCAUGGCUAGGCUGCUGGUGGCGUUAGCUCUGGCUGUGAGUUUCAGGAGUAGCUAGCCUCGUCUGAUAUGCAGCUACGGUAAUAUACUAACUAACUAACUAACCACAGCUAGGAAAAUAGGGUAGUUAAGCAUGUCCAAAUGUAGCACAGUAACAGGACAAAAAAAGAUGUCCACAGCCAGCCAACCCACUAGUCAGCAUGGGGAUGCUGUUGUUCUGACACUGUGUGGACCCGUCACCCAGAACACACAUCCCACCCCUCAAGUCUCAUGUCAGUAUGAAAAAUGUAUGCACUCACUAACUGUAAGUCGCUCUGGAUAAGAGCGUCUGCUAAAUGACUAAAAUGUAAAUGUAAAUGUCAUCAAUACGAAUUUCUACAAAGAGCCCUCACUAUAGUUUUCUUUAUCUUUGUUAGAAUCCUUAGAUUGACCUAAUGUAAGAGAGAACUGGGUUGGGUAGGUUUAAAAACAGCCGGGACUUAGUUCAACUAUAGUACCUAAGUUCAAAUCCAAUAUGACCCGUAUGAGGCUUCUCUUGAGUUCAGCUCAUGCUGGCAGGGGUGAAUGGUGGGUGGGGACAGAGAUGGGAAUCCACAUGGGUUUCUCUGCCUCUGAUUUCUGGUGGAAACAUGCUUAGCACUUCAAUAAUUUAGCUGUCAGUCCUUGGAUUCAUAUCUUUAGGGAAAAAAAUACAGAUGCGGGGUGGGCACUGUGGGGGGCUGGGGCUUAGAGGGAGGGGGUGGGUCUAGGUGGGUGGGUAGGGUUUGGGGGCUUGUAAUAUAAAUGAAUCAGUGAAGUGUAGAUGCCUUCUAUGUACAGAUUUCUGUGAUUCUGUCAGAAGCAAGAAAUGGAUUGUAUGCACCUCCCCUUUUGUAGCGAGUGUUGGUCAGGAUUGGCUAAAGUUUUAGGAGCCAAUCAAAACUAAGGAUACAGCAGCCCAGUGUUUAUGACACAAAAAACCCUUAAUACCCAAGUUUGUUAGAUUUUUAAACAAAACAACAGAUUGUGACGAGUUACUCACAUUAACCAGAAACUAAAAGCUGUCAUGGCAGUUUGGGAUAAACAUCCAUAACCUGUGAGUAUCCUCUAAAUUAAAACGAUCAGAGGCGUUAUUGUGAUUAUUUAUUUAUGUUUUAAGUGUAUUUAUGCUCCGGGGUGAGUGUGUGUGUGGGUGCCUCUCUGGGGUCUUUAAAGGGAUGAUCUGCAAGGCUGUUUAUUUUCCACUUUUUGCAGUGCGUUUGUUUUGUUUGUUUUGUUACUUCAGUGUGUAAUACUACCUGGAUUACAUUGUUAAUUUCUUAGGCUAGUACCAAAAGGUUUAUUAAGGUAUUCUGUUAAUACAUUUUUUCCCCAAUUAAUUAAUGCAUUAAAGACUUUCAACAAUA